GGUCAUUUUGUUUUUUCGGCUGCGAAAGAGAGUUUGUUUAUCUGAAUAAUAAAAAAAAGUCAAUGGAAAUCUUAAAACAUCUUCCCCCGAAAACUACACAGUGCACCUUUAAUUAAAAAAAAAGUUCUCAUAGUGUGUUGUAGAGUAUAAAGUCCUUCACUUUAGCACGGCCUGUAAGACUGAAUGUAUUAGAGGACUUCAUUUUGAUGUGCUGUUCUCCUCUCUGCUCCUGGGAAGACUUGUAAUUUAGCUCGGCUGGGUGUGAAGAAAUUGUUCUGGUGGAGCAGCGCUCAGAUUAACUUCACAUGGUGACAGUUUAUAGGCAAAAUAUGGUGCCUGUUAGCAAAACAAACCCCGAGAGAAAGGGGGCCUGUCAGAGCCGGCGGUGUGGGGGGAAAGAGGACUGAGAAGCAGAGGCACAAUCAAAGGCUGUUAUUUUAAUCUGCCCUGCCUCGGAGAUUAGCCGACCACAUUGUUUUAAUUGUUUUAACGGGAGGGAAUGAAACGCUCGCUUAUAGGGGGGAUCCUUGGCAUAAAUCUCUCAAGUUCAAUAGUUUCAAAAACUUGAGCUCCUCGCAACCCCCCUCUCUUCCCUCAUCCCACCUAAUCCCGGCUAAUACCUUUCUUUCUAUUGGCUAAUGGCUGAGGGGAGCCUGGGUAAAUGCGUCUUAAAUAGUCGUGGGUGAGAAUGGGUUUUCGGAGAAUAAGAUCUGUGCCACGACAAAGAGCGCUGCUGUGCGAGGAUAUAAGGCCCGAACACGCUGGCCCGGGAGGUUCUGGACUACAGCGCACCGGGGUCGGCUUCCGUGCGUAAAGGCGCACCUGGAUCUCACGCUCCUGCUCAGCCUGCGGCUCUCAGGUGAACAGCAGAGGACACUGAGAGAAACUGCGCAGACAGAAAAGAUUCAGCAUGAACUCGUUGAAUUUCUGCGGGACGUCCGGCGGCGGAGGCGUGUAUCCUCCUGCUCUCCACGGAGUCAACGCCAUGCUGUUCGACCUGCACCACCAGAUGGCGGAGCAGUACCACGUUUACCCCGCAGCCAGCCCCGCCGUGCACACCCUCUCUGUGGCCGAGAGACUGGCAGAGCUCAUUCUGGAGGCUCGGUACGGCAACCAGCAGAAGCAGCGCCGCAGCCGCACGGCGUUCACGGUGUCUCAGCUGCAGGCGCUGGAGAAAGCCUUCCAGCAGACACAGUACCCAGAUGUGGGCAUGAGAGAGAGGCUGGCCGUCUGCAUCAACCUGCCUGAGGCUCGCAUACAGGUGUGGUUUAAGAACAGGCGGGCGAAGUUUCGUAAAGGUCAGCGGUGCUCCCCGCUCUCCCGAGACCACAGUCUGGAGGAGACGCCCCAUCACAGCAAGGAGGGACAGGAGGACGUCAGGACAGAAGACAAACAGGACACCGCUGCAUCACACAUGGACAGCAACAUCCCUCCUUGUCGCUGUCCCCCUCCUCAUCCCCCUCCUCGUGUGGAGAAAAGUCAGGAUGUUUGCCCUCCUCCUGUUCCUUCAGACUCUGAUGUUUCCCGUUGCUCCCUCCGCCUUCACUCUCCUCCACUUUUCCCCUUCAUGACAGGGGAGUGCUACAGUCAUCCACCUCACCAGCCAGUUGUAGGAGUGCUGUCCGCUGAGCUCGCCCUCCCCCCGGUGUUCUGGCCCAUCAUACAGCAGCAGAGCUCCGCCCUGGGGGCUCAUCCGCCACCCAUUGCUAAAAACUGUAGCCUCUCCCUUCAGACUGCUUUUUCCGGUAAAGCUCUGCCUCACCCUCACCUGGGGCUGUAACUGCAGAGCUGCAGCCCGACGUCUUCACCCUUUGUUUUAAACCUGAAGCAGCCCCGUGUGUGAAGAGACAAGGAAGAGAUGCACUGACUGCACCGAAUGUUCAUUUUUAUUUAGCGAGCUUUGUUGAAUGGAUGAAGAUAAGUACUGUCAUAAUGCUUUCAAGGGUUUUUAGAGUAUACCAAGUCUAAUUUGUACCUGAUUAAUUCAACCUCUACAGGUUGGUGUUGGCUUGCUUGAACUCCACCAAUUUCACACAUUAAAAUGUAUUUAUAUGUCUUUGAAAGUACCACUGUAUAUGGGAAGGUAGAAUAAAGCCUGUUGUGGCUCCAGAGGAAGCUGCAUCUAAUCUGAUAAAUUGAGUUAUUGAGUGAACGUAGGCACCACUGGCCUGCAUUGGACUCUUCUCACACUAUUAGACUCAAUAUGGACAGUUUAAAAACCAGUGAUUAAAAUCAAUACAGCAGACCCGGAGAAUUUGCCUUUCUAAUUCCACACCUUCUUGUUCCUCUCCAAAAACCUGACACCUACAUUACCCACAAUGCACCUCAGUGACUGAUUGACAUGACUGAAGGCGAUCAAAUAACAAACAGCUUCCUCUGGAGCCACAAAAGGCUUCAAACUCCUUUUUUUUUUACAUAUCUAAACAAAUUAUCUCACACUUUGCCAUGUAAAAUUGGUGACGCUGCCCUUUAAUCCUUACAUUUUAUUCCAGACAACAAGCAGGGCACACGCGGCAUUUAAAUUAUUGUUGUCUCAUUCAGCAUUAUUUAGCUACUCUGACGCGCAGCUACACAGUGAUAAAAACAGUAAAAGCACAUGAGAGCGGUUCCUUAUUGUAGCCGGGCACUGCAACAUAGAAAUGUGAAAUAAAACGAUUUGUACAUGAAUUCUGUUUGUCUUUUUUGUUUUUUGCUGUGAGACUUAUGAUGGGUUUCACUCAUUUAAACUCUAUCUCUGGACACAUGACAAGAGUGGAAGAAAAGAAGAUAUUUAAAGAAAGGUAUAUUAUUUGUAUUUACAUGGAGAUCUGCUUCAUCUGCU